UGCCAUUCCGCCGUUGAAGCUGCGUCGUGCGCCCACCUUCUGGCCGCAUCGCAUGCACGGAGCAAAGGUGAUCGCGAAUCUAGAAUCGUGAAGCCUUCUCUCCAUCGCACCGUCCUGCAGGGCGUGGGUCAGGUAGGAUAAGUUCUUAUUGCUGCUGAGAAUACUGGUGCUGCUUCAAUUCCCGUGGUCCUUGUUCUUUGUCGUCGGGAGGGUGGAAUGCGCGUCAAUAUUUUCGGCACCACGUCCAUGUGCAUACAGCUGCUGCAGUGCGGCCAGCCUGCCGCUGCUGCUCAUUCUCCGAUUUGCCAGACACUACACCAUGCAACUCAUCUCGCUAGCCCUCCUCGCUGCCGUCGUCGCUGGCGACUCGCCCACCGCCGCGCCCACGACGCCGGCGCCGACGACGACGUCGUUCUGCUCGCCCAACAUGGCCAUUUGCUACACGAACGCCGGCGUGCCCUCGACGUGCUACAACCCCGCGCACUCUGGCUGCUGCAACGGCAGCCCGUACCUCCUCUGGGACUGGCAGUCCAUGCCGCAGUACUGCUGCAAGGACAGCACCGGCCACUACAGCGUCGUCGCCGCCUACGGGUGCCCGACGCUCACGCCCAACGCCACAACGUCCGCGCCCUCCAACGUCACGACGGCGCCGGGCACCAACACGACGACGACGCCCGUCAUUACGCUGCCGCCUGUGACCGGUUGCACGCCCGUGAGCGUUCGUGGCGACGCCACGUAUUGCAUUGAAGGGCCCAUCUGCAGCGGCGACGGACUCUUGCCGGCGGGCAUCAAGUGCCCAGUUGCCGGCGCCGUUGCCUCGGCUGACUGCCACUCGCACCUGCCGAGCUACGUGAGCGGCACCGACUGCGCGCUCGCGGUCAACACGACGUGCGCCAAGAUCCCGACGGGCGCGUGGGGCUGCGUCCUCCCGUCGUCCUUGUAAACGCGUAACAUAUCCUCUCGUGUAUCUAGUCGACGCACCAUUAAGUUAAAAGAUGGAGGGCUACGCGUGGCCAUUGUAGAAGUACGAGAUAACGCUACGCGUCAACUGCAUAGCGGUCUGUAGUGUGCUGCGCCACAGCGGCGCGUCGCGGUGCACGAUGCGGUGGGAGGUAGGGCGGAGGUGUUUGGUGGACUGCGCCAUCGCGUUCGUCUCUUGUCGCCACUCAUGGCGCUUGCGG